AUGUCGCAUAUAGACAAUGUCAUCAUUCAGGUUAGGGCCCGACUUCAACAAUUGGGUAUUAAAUUGUGGGAAGAGCCCUACUAUUAUUCGGAUAUUGGUAGCGUAGAAUCUGAAAUUGAUCGACUUGCUCAAGAUUUUAGCACAAGCUUAAGUAUAAGCAUAUCAAACUGCAAACUAGCGUUGACGGAGCUGCAGGAUGGCGCAUUACGAAAGCUGGCUACACGGAAGGAGUUUAAUGAAACUGGUCUUGCCACGUUCAGCGUAAGGCGUAUUAAUAAUCAAGAAGGCACACAAAAUAUGCUGGAAGUAAAAUGCCCAUUAAAUGGCUUAGGAACCGAACUGCAAAAAAGAAUUGCCGAAAAAUUGCAGGUCAGCGAUCCAAACCGUGUAAAAUGCAUAUCAUCAGGAAAAAUUAUUGAUCCAGAAAAAGCGCUCGACUUGCAAGGUAUAAAAAAUAAUCAGCAGUUGAUGGUAAUAAUCAGUGAUGUUGAUCGCACAGAAUCAAAUUCGAAAGAAGCGAUGUAUGAUCGUAUUCGCAAAAUUAAAAUGGAUGUCGAGGCCAUCGUUGACUCAGAAAGGCAACUCUUCGAGAUGGAAGACCAAGACGGCAAUCUUGUAUUUCUGCCCCCAAAUGAAAACCGCGCGCUUUUGAUGGCGAUGGGCUUCUGUGAAAAGGCUCGGGCGGCUAUGAAAAGACAACACUAUGACGAAGCCUUAAUUUUGCUGCUCGAAGCUGAUGAAAAGUUUUCCACUUGCAAUUCACAAUUUUUGGAAUCGGUGGACAAUUACGCUUUAAUAAAUCUAGACAUAGUUUGGUGUUACUUAUGUCUCAAAAAUGUCACUCAGUUGCCGGAUGCUCAAAGGCGUUUGGAAAUAUGUGAGCGCAGCUUUCGCCGAAGCUACGGUGAGAAUAUGAACCGUUUGAUUGCACUGAAAGGGAACGCAUGUCCUGAACGUGCUCUGCUAAUGCGACUACAUCUGCUGCAAGGUGUGGUCUUCUUCCAUCAGAACAGACGGAAUGAAGCUUAUGAACGGUUAGAGGUGGCCGCCGCCGAGUUGCGUGAAUUGAAAGUGGAUGACGCCUCCGUUAUGACGCUGGUGGAGAUGGGAUAUGAACCUUUCGAAGCACGUUUGGGACUCCGAGCUUGUAGUGGAAAUUUGGAACAGGCCAUCACUUUCAUACAUGAACGAAGGGAAAAAAAGAGUGCAGCAAGAUUACGUUCACAAAAAGAGCGUAAAUUAAAUGCAAAGUUGUCGAGCACAAGCAACGACAAGGAUUGGGUAAACCCACGGAGUGUAUGUACACUAAUGGAAAUGGGAUUUCAGCAUGAUCUUGUCGUUGCGGCACUUAAACAAUCAAAAAAUGAUCUUCAGCAAGCGUUGGAUUUGCUGCAAACGAAUGCUGAUGCACUCUUGCAAAAUUUGCCGACAAAGAAAGAUGCAAAUUCUGAUUUGUUGGAGCAGUUAAAACAGCUUGGCUUCAACGAGAACAUGGUGCGCGUAGCUCUUGAGACUACCGAAAAUAAUCCUGAGAAAGCACUUGAUUUUCUAGUUAAAAUAUUCGGUAGUGAAGAAGAGUUGCGGAAGCAAAUAAGCCAUAUAGCCAAAGCUGCGAAGGAAAUUCUCGCCGAUGAUACACCAUCUACAUCUAGUGGCAACAAUUCACUCGCGUCUACAGCACUAGACAAAAUGAAGAAUGAAAUGGAAUCAUACGAAGCAUAUGAACGCUUCAAUCAGGAUCUGACGUCGAAUGAGCAGGACUAUCUUGACUUGCCACUCCAGCAAGAAGAGCAAAUUUUGGCAGAAUACAAACGCUUCUUGGAACAAUGAUUGCAUGCCACUACGAUUUUGGUAUAGUACAUAUAUUUACAAAAAAAGGUGAAUUGUAUAUUAUGUUUUAAUUGGAAUAAAUACUAUCCGACCUAUACA